UUAGUGUGAAGUUGUACUGUGCAUGUUAAAUCCUGUGUGGUCGACCAUUAGUAGUCUUUAAGACCUCCUGACCUUUAGAGGAGCUACUGGAGCCACUAGUGACUAACUGGACGAGGUAAAGGACUUGUAUAGGAUGACUGAGUCAGCAGUGGUUGGUUUUAAAAUGAAGUGCCGUUCGAUGAAAGAUGAGGAUGUCAUUUUACAUUAUUCUUACUCUGAAGCUGUAGAGUCUGUUUUGAAGUGGAUCGAGGAUUGCACUGGAGCUAUUAAAAAAGAGGAUCAAUCAUUAUUUGAUUUUGUACAAGAUGGGAUCAUCCUUUGCGAGUUGCUUCAGUCUUUAAGAGGAGGCCAAAUAAAGAAGAUUAACAGAGUCAAGAACAGGUUUGCCUAUUGGGAGAACUUUUCCUUCUUUAUACAAUCUUGUAGAAGCCUUGGGCUACAGGACUGGCAGCUGUUUGAUCCAGAAGACUUACUAGCUGUGUCAACAAGUAGAAACAGCAAAAGUAAUCAAGAGGACAAGACUCAUAAAAUAAUUAUCACUCUUUAUUCAUUGUAUCAAGUCUUAUCAUCAUCAAAAGAUUUCUCCGGACCGAAAUUAGACAUAUCUUGUUUUAACAAUAAAGAUUAUUUAUCUCAAUAUUGCGGCUACUCAUCUGAUCACAAAUCCCUCUCCAUCCUCUCCCCUCCUCCUCCUCUCUCUUCUGAGUCUCCUCCGACCCCAACAUCCCCAGGGUCCCCCAUCCUCUGGAUCCAGAAGCUGAGCAUUGAAGAGGACCAAGAGGGACAAGAGGAGGUCCCCCCGUACCAUUUCACUACCAGCACUCCAUUCGAGGACUGUUCUUCUCAGUCUAGCACCAGCACUAGCACUCACGAGACUUUAACUCGUAAAGAUACCUACACUGUACUAGUUCAGGCUCACAACCCUCCUCAUCCAUAUUCGGCUGAUCUUGUCUUUGUUCAUGGUAGCACUAGCUCCUCAGUGCUGAGUCCUACAGCUGCAGUCCAGGCUCAUAGCACCGCCAAUAACAACUACUCACCUCACCACCUGAGCAAUAGCUUCAUAGAAUCAGAUGACAUUGAUAAUACCGGUUUAUUAAUCGAUAGCAAUUAUUCUCAAGUCUUUACCUCAGGAUCCACCAGCCAAGAGUCUGUUCCGGCUUUUUCAUCUCAAAAAUCAGAGAACCCGUUUCACAUUAACUUGACACAGACCUCACAGCCAGAUUCAAAUCACUCUCAGCUCGACUACCCACUACAUAAUCCUGAGCUACCUGUCAUAUCGGAACUUAUCAAUAACUCACCAAUCGACACCUUUGAUCUUCAUCACUUGAGGGCGGAUACUGCCGGUUGUCAUAGCAACGGGAGUCAAACUGAGUAUAGUUAUUCCCAGGAAUACGUUGAUCGGUUAGACACCACACCCACCCCGUUACCUCUCUCCUCCUCUCUUUCAAACACAAUCACAGAACCUCUCUCUGUCGAUACUGUCACUACCACUGUCACCAGUGUACCCUCCAGUGUACCGGCCAGUGUACCAGUGUCUGCUAGUCCUCCUGUUGUAAGGAAGGAUAUAGUUACCGAGGACCGGAAGCCGUCUUAUUAUUAUUAUAGAUACAGUCUCUCUCAUCAGAGAGGACAUUUAAAGAACAAGGAACAGCAGCAGCAGCAAAGAGGAGAAGGAGAAGAAGAAGACAUGACAGCUAGACUGAGACACAUGAAGGUAGUUCCUUCCACUCGGAGCCAGUCGGACUUGAUUGAGAUGAGUUUGGAAUUGAGUGAUGGAGAAACUGAUUUUGGAUUUACUGUCAGUAAGGAUAAUGCUGACAUCAUUAUUGGUGACGUUAGAGAGGGUUUGGCUGCUAGUAGGUGUGGUCUUAAGGAAGGGGACGUAUUAAUAAAAAUUAAUGAAAUAUUGAUAAAUGAUGAAUCAAUUACUCAAACCAAUGAUCUAUUAAAAGAAGCUGUAUCUGAUGGUAAAAUCCUCAUUAAUAUUCAUAGACCAGAUAAAUUAAUGGGUUCUGGUGCUGCAGUACCAAGCAGUAGCCUAGCAACCACUGUAUCAUCAAACGGUAGCCUAGCAACCACUGCACCAUCUAACGGUAGCCUAGCAACCACUGCACCAUCAAACAGUAGCCUAGCAACCACUGCACCGUCAAACGGUAGUCUAGCGAUGCCAGUCCUUCGUCCGCUAGUUAUUAACAGUUUAGACGUACAGCGGGUCCAAUCAGAUGCCCUCCCUCACCACAUGACAGCUUCACUAGUCUCAACUAACAGAAACCACCACCAGCAGCAGCAGCAACAGUCUAGCAGUAGUCCUCUCUUUGACUAUAUUGACCCGAGCAGUGUGGCCCUAGAGAUUCAGAGUAUUGACUCUCAUCUCUCUUCCUCCACCAUUGAGACUGUCAGUGAUACUAAAGUCAAUCCUGUUGGUGGGGGAGACAGAGUUCCUAAAGUGUUUGUUGGUAAGAGCUAUUCUGCUGUGGAGCUGCCCACUAGUGAAGGGGCAACACUCGAGUCUGCUGACGUUACUAAGAGAAGAGCUACCGUAGCUUAUAAACCACCAGCUGGUAGGACAGAGUCCCUCCCUCCAUUAGGGAGUGGGCUGGGCCUUACUAACCUCUCUAUUGAAGAUGUGUCCAACGUCAGUAAACUAGAGAUGGAUCAGAUAUGGAAAGAGGUGGAGUAUGAUUCGGAACCACACCCUCUUAUUCUAUCAGCCGAUGAUGAUGAAGACGAUGACACACCCUUUAAAGCCACACCUCCUAUAACCACACCCACUGAUAAACGACCUACUUCUACAGCCACGAGUGAUCCUGUUCUUGCAACUGAUCGUCAUGACAACAGUCAAUUAAUAAACACAUCAAAAGAAUUAAUAACCAGAAGAAACUCGACUGCAAGUACUAAAGGUAUUGAUGCACUGUUGAGUACUCUCCGUUCAUUAAAUGAGAAGAUUGGUACUUACGAUGAGGAGGAGGAGUUUAAACUGUUGGAACAACUACUCCAGAGUAAUAAAUUUAAAAAAGCAAAAGAUUUUCAUGACAGAAUGAGAGAAUUGAUUAUCAAAACUGAUGAAGCCACACCCACUCCAGUAAUCAAACGCGCACUACCUCUUGUCAGACAGCUCCGGAAUGUUCUCCAUGACAAGAGCACUGAGAAACUGGAAAGAGACAAUGAGGAGUUAAGACGAUUAUUGAGAAAACCUCACGUGCAAGGUCUCAUGUUCUGUCACGAUAAGGUCUCCACUAAAGACCUUUAUGUUCCUGCCACAUUCUUCCCUCGCUCAGCCCAAGACACAGAAGAUGUUAUCCUAACUCAUUCUUGUGUUGAUCUUUAUAACGGAUCAUUAUUUGUGUCUCAAGAGGCUCCUCUUAGCAGAGAUGUCCCCAGCAGCAGGAAAGAGAAUGCCACCAUAGUCUACCUUCAGAGGAGCAAUAGACCACUAGGUUGCACUAUAUACAAGCAAGGUGAUGCUGUCUUUAUUGGGAAAUUGUUAAAAGGAUGUGAUGCUGAACAAAGCAGUGUAUUAAGAGAAGGUGAUGAAUUGUUAGAAAUUAAUGGAAUUGCUUUGAUUGGAAAAACUACGGAUGAGAUUAUUAGACUAAUGUCAGGUGAAGCCGGUAAAGUGCUUGCUUUCACUCUGAUUCCAGUUCACGAUGAUUCUGAGAUUGAUUUUGAAUAUCAGGAGAAAUAUGUUAGAGCUCAUUUCAGUUAUGAUGGUGAAAUUGAUGAACAGGUUCCCUGUAAGGAGUUAGCCCUGAGCUUUAGCAAAGGAGAAAUACUUGAAAUAUCUAACCAAGACGACCCAGACUGGUGGCAGGCUAGGAAGGUUUUUGAUGAUGGAGGGGAAUCUCUGCCUGGAUUGAUCCCUGCUAGGCAGCUCCAGCAAAAGAGAGAAGUUGUGAAAGAGUCCUUCAUUUUAUCAUCAUCAACCGAAUCAAGGAACAGACGAAAAGGUUUGUUAUCACGAUUAUCGAGAAAAAAGAAAAGAAAAAUAUAUUACAACCAGGGACCCUUGAGUGGAGUAUUUCAAUCUGUCGGUCAUGAAGUUGCUACGUAUGAAGACGUUAUCAAGUUGAUGCCAGAUUACUCAAGAAGGAGACCCAUCGUAUUAAUAGGUGCUCCAUCAGUUGGUAGACGUACAUUGAUGAAGAAACUGAUUGAAUCCAAUCCUCGACAUUACUGUGCCUGCGUACCACAUACGAACAGGCCAAUGAAACCUGGAGAAAUGAACGGAAGAGAAUAUCAUUUUAUAUCACGAGAGGAAAUGGAAGAGUAUAUAUCUAAUGGGAAGAUGUUGGAGUAUGGAGAGACGAAAGGUCACUUGUAUGGGCUCUCUGUUAAAACUGUUAAGAAAACAAUCGAAACUGGAAAGAUACCAAUACUGGACCUUCAUCCUCAAGCUCUUAAAGUGAUUGGUUCCUCAGGAUUAUUGCCAUAUAUAAUAUUCAUAGCAUCACCACGGAUUGACAGACUGACCAUGACAAGAAGAAUGACAACUGAGAAGCAAAAAAGAAAAAUGGCUAAUUCAUCAUCUUCUGAAGGAAUCCAGAACAUACAACAAUCAUUUACCGAAUCAGAGUUAUUGCAGUUAUACCAGUCCUCCCAGGAGAUACAGAUUGAGUACUCUCACUAUUUUGAUUGGGUCAUAGUUAAUGAUGAUCUCUCAGUCGCCUCUGACAUGUUGAUUGAAGUUGCCCGAAGGAUUGAGGAGGAAGUUCAGUGGGUCCCUUCUUCUUGGGCUGAAGAUGUUUGAACAUAAUUAUACAUAGUUUUUAUUUGUUUUUAAAUAUUAAUGUCCAGCUGGCAUCAUAGACUCUGUCUGCUAGCACUCCAUUAUUCAGUCAUACUAUUGUCUCUAUCUAUAAUAUUAAAAUUAUCAUGAUUUUAUGAAAAGUAACUGUAGACCAUGCAACAGCACGUGGUUAAAGUA